CUGAAGUCUCGCGGGAUUUCAGUGCGUUGACUAAAUGCCACGUCGGUUCGAGUGUGAGCAGCAGCGUCUGCUUGUGUGUAUUUGACCGACUGCGCAAAAUAAGCGAAAUCUGAGUUUUCGCCGUUACCGGUUGAGUCGUGUGCGGUUAUCAGACGGCGAGGCGUCUCCAGCAGCAGCGGGAGGAAUGAGGACCUUCAUCAGAUCACUGUUACUGAUCACUGUUGGGAUGGCAGUGUGUCAGCAGACACUCGCUCACUCCCACCAUCAUCACGGACACUCGCACGGCGGCGGCUGCCACGGACACUCGCACGAAGCGGACAAGAUGCACCAUGGGGCCAGCAAAUGGAGCGCUGAAGCUAACCUGCCCCACGCUGAAGAGGAGCAUCACGAUCACGGUCAUGCUCACGAUCACGAUCACGGUCAUGCUCACGAUCACGGACAUGCACACGAUCACGGACAUGCUCACGAUCACGCACACGGACACGAUCACGGUCAUGCUCACGAUCACGCACACGAUCACGGUCUUGCUCACGAUCACGGACAUGCACACGAUCACGGACACGAUCACGGACAUGAUCACGGUCAUGCUCACGAUCACGCACACGGACACGGUCAUGCUCACGAUCACGAUCACGGUCAUGCUCACGAUCACGGACAUGCACACGAUCACGGACAUGCUCACGAUCACGCACACGGACACGAUCACGGUCAUGCUCACGAUCACGGACAUGCACACGAUCACGGACAUGAUCACGGACACGAUCACGCUCACGAUCACGGUCAUGCUCACGAUCACGGACAUGCACACGAUCACGGACAUGAUCACGGACACGAUCACGCUCACGAUCACGAUCACGGACAUGCACACGAUCACGGUCACGCACACAAAGGUGAUCAUGCAGCAGAGCGACUGAAAAGCGAUGUGAAAGCAGGGAAGCGGAACAUGGUGGAGCUCUGGAUGCAGGCCAUUGGAGCCACUCUGCUCAUCAGCGCUGCUCCCUUCCUCAUCCUCUUCCUCAUCCCGGUGCAGUCAAACACGGACCAGCACCAGAACCUGCUCAAAGUGCUCUUGAGUUUCGCGUCUGGAGGUUUGCUUGGGGAUGCGUUCCUUCAUCUCAUCCCUCACGCGCUGGAACCUCAUUCUCAUCAUGACCAGUCACACGGCAGCGACGAGUCACAUGGUCACUCACACGGUGCAGGUCAUGGUCACAUGAUGCUGGUCGGGCUGUGGGUGCUGGGUGGCAUUGUUGCGUUUCUGGUGGUUGAGAAAUUUGUUCGUCUUUUGAAGGGAGGACACUCUCACUCUCACUCUCAUGCGGCUCCAAAGGCAAAAGACAGCGAUGAAGAGGAUGAUGACAAGAAAAGAGAGAAGAAGGGAGGGAAAGAGAAAAACGUUGACUCUGAUAAGAAACCUGCAAAGAAAACAGUCGAGACGAGUUCUGAUAUUAAAGUGUCGGGUUAUCUGAACCUGGCUGCUGAUUUCACCCACAAUUUCACAGAUGGUCUUGCGAUCGGCGCGUCAUUCCUGGUAGGUCCAGCGGUCGGCACUGUUACCACCAUCACCAUCCUCUUACAUGAAGUCCCACAUGAGAUUGGAGACUUUGCCAUUCUCGUCCAGUCAGGCUGCACCAAGAGGAAGGCCAUGUGUCUUCAGCUUCUCACCGCCAUUGGUGCGUUAGCUGGAACUGCCUGCUCCUUAUUGGCUGAAGGGGUGGGUGCCGCGGCAACCGCCUGGAUCCUGCCCUUCACCGCCGGAGGCUUCGUUUACAUCGCGACCGUCACGGUUCUUCCAGAGCUGCUGGUGGGACGCUCUAGUUUCUGGCAGUCAAUGCUGGAGAUCCUCGCUCUGCUGUUCGGGGUGGGAAUGAUGGUGCUGAUCGCUGAGUACGAGUGAGGGAUGUUUGAAAGAAGAACCUUUAAAAUGAGGUGAAGAGACCAAUGCAUGGUCACCUGAACCUCUAGAGACUAAGAGUGUGUUGAGAUGAAUGUUAGUAUUGACCAUAGAAAAAUAAAACGGAAUGAAUGAGGGAGCGAGUGAAAGAAAAUGUGCUCAACAAGUGCUGAACUGCACUCAAUUACCCAAAGACCAACAUGAAUGGAUCACUUAAUUAUUUUAGGCACUGGAACCUUCCCAGGGACCAACCGCUACAAAAUCACGUCCGGUUCUCUAUACUGCUACGGACAGGAUCGGCACGUGGAAACUCAUUGAAAUUUGACCAUUAUGUUCCCAUGAUUCAUCAUCUGUGUUUGCUGGAGCAGUCAGAUAAACACUCGCUGAAGCACCGCUUCUCUCACCAGUAGACUGCUUUUCUAGAAAUAUCAGUUAUGUUACAUGAUUAAAUCAUUUGAUUUUGCUGUUCGCACAAUAAAGGUCAAUGUGAUUUUUUUUCUUAAGCAGCGUGUGCUUUCUCUUUGACGGAGAUUCUUUGAUUCCACUGCUGAAAUAUUGUGUAGCCAUUAGUCAGUGACCGAAUAACAUUGACUGUCCACUCUUUAACUCUCUCACACACACGCUCUCCACUGAUACUCAUUUCCCAUUAGUCUCCAGAGGAAUCUGCAGCUUGACAUUGUCAUUGGUGAUGGGUUCUUCAGAUGGUGCAAACACAGUUUAUUGAAUUACAGUAGAUUUAGUGUUUAUUUCGUUUCAUUUUGCCUGUAACUCUAUUCAUGCAGCUGUUUUGAUCCUUUCUUGAAUUUGUUCAUUGAAAUGUUCAAUCUCUAUUACCUGUAAUGUAAACUCUUUACAUUCCCAUUGUGUGUAAAUCAAGCAUAUCACUUCACGAAUAGAAGUGGAUGCAAUGUUGUUCAAUUUCAGUUCAAUAAAAGAGUUGUGGUACAUCUCUAA